AUGGAUGGAAACUUCAUUGAAAGGUUGCAACGGAUUAAUCUGACGGAGGAGGAGGAGGAGGAAGUGUGUCAGGUCAGAGCUACUCAAAGAAAGGAAAUCCUAGAAGAAUGCUCUCUAAGUCUAAUAGGACAUUUCCUCACUACUCGACAGUACAAUCAAAGGGCUGCAAAGGCAAUGCUUAGGACAAUUUUGAAAAUGGGGUCAAACCUGAGAAUUAUCGAUGUAGUAGAUGGGUUGUUCCAAUUCAAAUUUAGUUUGGAGAGCCAACUGAAGUGGGUUAUGAACAACGGACCGUGGAGCUUUGAUAAUUACCCCUUGGUACUCCGGAGAUGGGAGAGAGGUAUGACGGCUACCUCGGUGAAAUUCCAUUCACUUCCAAUAUGGACCCAGGUUUGGGGACUACCAUUUGACCUUAUCACGGAGGAAACUGGUAGAGAUAUUGGUGAGUGGAUAAGGAAGGUAAUUGAAGUUGACACUAAUGCAUUCACGUCAGAGCAAGCUCACCUUAUCAGAGUCCGUGUUGAGUUACCUUUGGAGAAACCAAUCUGA